GGCUUGCCUGCAGCUUGUGUUUAAGAGCCGUGUCCAGUGCGGAAUACAAACUCCUCUACUCUUUCGAACCGAACAAGAUGCCGUUUAUCGACUUAGAGACCAGUUUGCCCGCAAGUACAUUCUCUGAAGACUUCCUAAAAAAGCUAUGCUCCACUACAGCGGCUGUUCUGGGAAAACCAGAGGAUAGGAUGAAUGUGGUGGUGAAGCCUGAUCUGCCCAUGCUUAUUGCUGGUUCAUGUUCCCCGGCCGUGUCGCUCUUGGUCUCUGCCAUCUCUGUGACUGACACUGCAGAUAAGAACAAGGAGCACAGCGCCAAACUCUUCCAGUUUCUCACCCAGGAGCUGGGACUCAGCCAGGACCGCAUCGUGAUCAGGUUCUACCCGCUAGAGCCAUGGCAGGUGGGGAAGAAAAGCACAGUGAUGAGCUUCCUGUAGAGAAACACACCCUACGUCUACCAUCAUACUGGUGUCCUGUGUAAGGGAAAAUGUGUUUCCGCACAACGUGGGAGAAACACUUGAUUUUGAAAUUGAAAUUUGGAGGAUAGUACUGCACCCCCCCCCCCCCUUUAUUUUUUAAAAAGUUUUUUUUUAUUAUUUUUUUCUCUCUCUAAAUAUCCUCUUAAAGGUAUACUCUAGCAGUUGUACACUUUUUCAGCUGCAUGUGUGACAUUUAGUAUGUGCGAUUCCCACUAUUAAAACGUUCCUCAUGUUUAAUAAAUAGACAAAUAAACUUUAUUCAGAAACACCCUUUGAGUGGGAAUCCUGGGGUACCCGUCAAUAUCACUUUAUAACAUAGCCCUGUUGAAUUCUCGAGUCUGUAACACCAGGUCUAUAGUAAUCCGUUCGUUCUAACGGUAUCACUUCUAUAGUAACAACUAAUUCACAUGGACACGGCACACAAUCUAAGCUUUAAUAUAAAAGAUGCAUUUAUCAAAGGCGUAAAAAAAACAAAACCCUGAAUCCUUAAUACGGUGAAGCUUUCUGUAAAGGUACGUUUAUUUAAGGUUUAUGGAUGGAGUCUUCGAUGUCGGGGCGCUUUGUAAUGGUCAGUAAAUCUCCCACCGUGGGGGAAUCUUCAGGACAGAGGACUUUGUGCUUUCCAGUUUCUUGUUAACGCGACCAGAUGUGCUUUCUGUCUUAUCCAUUUCAAGUGAGAGAAAAAGAGGCUGCCGAGGGAACCAGUGUUUAUAGUUAUUAUGACGUAAUGACUUGUCUUGUGGAUAGUCCACAACAUUCAGUUGGCAUGUUGUUCAUGAAUCAAAUGUUAAAAAAACAAACAAACAACUAUUGCUGUGGUAAGAGAUAUGCUGUUAUAGGAAAAUUGAUAAAGUUGCAUAACCUGUCGUGUUUUACACCUUAUGUGUACACCUUAUUAACGGGAAAACAUUGAAAUAUUUUUUUGGGGGUAAUUAAACAUGCACACAGAUGUGGUAGAUGAGGUUAAAGAAAAGCUGGAAUAUAUUUAAGGUAAUUUAUCAACUCCAAAUUAUUAGCACAUAUAGCCCCAAGAAAUUCCUUGAGGUAAUAUAGCAGUGACGAACAAAGACUUAAAUGGAAACGAAUAGUGUAGUUAAUGUUUCAAAAUGGUAACCAUGUCAGUAGCUACUUUUUGUAAUUAGUUUUAAAUAGUUUGAAAUUUGGUCCUAAAUUCAUUUCACUUCUGUUCCAUUGUCUGGCUGAUCAUGUGAUAACUGGCUAUAACGUUUUUUUUCCGAGGAGAGAAACAAAGGGUUAAGAGAGUCAGUCUCAGAGAAAAGUAUUAGUCUAAAAAUGCUUUGCAUUUUCAUUAUUUUACCGUCACCCUUAUUGUUUAUUAUUUUCCCUUUUUUUUUUUUCUUUUUUUUUUUUAAAUUCUUUCUAAAUUGACUGGAAUUCCAGAGCAUGAAAUUUUUGCCAAGCUUUGUCGGAUCAGUUCUUUUGAAUAAACGAGUUCUUAAAUCAA